AUGCGAAUGCCGGAGUUCACGCCGGCUGACCCUGAACUGUGGUUCAGUAUCGUCGACCGUAGUUUCCAAGCCGCCGGGAUAACGGUCGACGCGACAAAGUUCGGGUACGCGUUGACAUCCAUCGGCCCGCGGUACACGACCGAGGUACGCGACAUUAUAAUGAAUCCGCCCGCGGAACGGGCGUACGAAACGCUGAAGGCAGAGCUGGUCAAGCGGCUUAGCUUGUCGCAGGAGCACAAGACCCGUAGACUCCUCGAGCACGAGGAAAUAGGCGAUCGAAAACCGUCGCAAUUUUUGAGGCAUAUUCGCGGCCUCGCUGGGAACGUCGUCGGCGACCAGGUGUUGCGAACGAUUUGGCUGAGUCGUUUGCCGGCGUACAUCCAGCCGCAUUUAGUGACGUGCACAGCAGAUACGCCCGAACAAUUAGCGGAUAUCGCGGAUGCAAUAGUCGAGGCGACUCGGGCGCCAGCGUUUCAGGUGGCAGAGACGACCAGAUAUCCCGGGCCUCAGGGCCAGAGCACGAAUGACUCUGCUUCGAUUGAAGCAAAGAUAGAAAUACGGUUAGCACAGAUGCAAUUGGCGAUGCAGCAGGAGAUAUCGGAGCAGUUGACGGCCAUUCGCAGAUCAAUCGAAGCGAUUAGCGGCGAUUUUCGCGAUGACGAUCGGCGCCGUUUGCGUUCGCGUUCGCGUUCGCGUUCGCGUCCGCGUUCGCGCCAGAGUGCGCGAUCGGGAAGCCGUGAUCCUCCAGCAAGCGGUAUAUGCUGGUAUCACUGGAAAUUCGGAUCAAAUGCCCGGCACUGUAGGGCACCUUGCUCGAUGCAACAGCAGGAAAAUGCGGUGGCCGGUCGCUAG